AUUGCUCAAUCAGCAUACAGGGAAUAGUGCUAGUCCCAGUUUUUAAAAGAAUUUUUUAUUAUAUUCUGAAAAAUAUCUUGAAGGUGAAAUUGGACACCCGUCGUGGCCCUGUGUGUGCGGAGUUUGUAUAUUCUCCCUGUGCAGCGGGGGGUUCCUCCGGGUACUCCGGUUUCCUCCCCCAGUCCAAAGACAUGCAUGGUAGGCUGAUUGGCAUGUCCAAAGUGUCCGUAGUGUAUGAAUGGGUGUGUGAAUGUGUGUGUGAUUGUGUGCCCUGCGAUGGAUUGGCACCCGAUGGCACGCCUUGUGCCCGAUGCUCCCUGGGAUAGGCUCCAGGUUCCCCGUGACCCUGAAAAGGAUAAAGCGGUAUAGAAGAUGGAUGGAUGGAAUAACUGUGUGGUUGUUGUUGGGGUUUUUUUUUUUUGCAUAAUUUUUGUAUAAUUAAUAUAUGAUUUUAAUAAUUAAUUAUUAAUGAUAUAUAGCCUAGAAAUGAUAUAAUCUACUUUGACCCACGCAAUACACAAGUGAAUAACCGUUGCUAUUUCUGUUUUUGUUUAAUAAUAUUUAUGUUGUAAUAAUGUUUUUGUUGUAAUAAUUAUUUAUAAUUAAUACGUAACAUUGACGAUAUUUAAUACUAAUUACAGUAUAUUAAUUAAUAUAAAAAAACAACAACAACUAAAUAACAUUAAAAAAAAAAAAUUAUCGAGCACGAACCGGAAGUGACGCACGGACGUCCACCAAGCAACGCAGCUUCACUUCCGGGAAAAACAAGGAUGUAACCGCGAGUGCGGCUGUUUAUCAGCGUGAAUAAUUUGAUGUCGUGUGUGUGUUUAUCUGAAUUCAGUGUGAGAUCAGAUUCAGUUGGACGCUUUUAUAAUGUCCGAGUCACCGGAUACUCGCAGUCUGAUGUCGGCGUCCUCACAGCUCAAUUUAAUGGAAAUAGAUGCUAUUGACGACAAAGAGUUCGACAUCCCUCAAGUUGACACGCCACCGACUUUAGAGAGUAUUCUGAACGAGCCUGAAGAUGAGGACGAACCCUUCGUCCUGGAGGACACGUGCCUUUUGAACACAGAGAACAUGGAUGCGCAUUCCUGUGAGACGUCCUCCCUCGCCAGCUCAGACAGUGGAGACCGUGCACACCUAAAGAGGAGAAGGAAGGCGGUGGAGACUAAUGCAACCAUCCACGGCUCAGUUCUGAGACACAACGUGCUGAAAGGCAUCUCGGCUCAGAUCAUCUCCGCCGCGGACAAAGUUGAUGCAGGCUUGCCAACAGCGAUCACCGUAUCCAGUGUUAUUGCUGUGGGAACGUCGCAUGGCCUCGCUCUGGUGUUUGAUCAGAACCAGGCGCUGAGGCUGUGCUUGGGUACCACGGCGACGGGGGCGGAGUACGGCGCAGUGUCAGCUCUCACUAUUAACCAUGAUUGCACGCGUCUGCUUUGUGGCUUCGCUAAAGGACAGAUCACCAUGUGGGAUUUGGCAAACGGGAAGCUCCUGCGCACCAUCACCGAUGCCCACCCACCCGGCACGGCCAUUUUGCACGUCAAGUUCACAGAUCUGCCGACGCUCGCCGUGUGUAACGACAGCGGCGGGUCUGUGUUUGAACUCUCAUUCAGCAGGAGGGUGAUGGGGAUGAGGACAUGUGAGUCUCGGUGUUUGUUCAGCGGCAGUAAGGGGGAAGUGUGCUGUAUUGAGCCGCUGCAUGCAGCCCCUGAGCUUAAAGACCAUCCCAUUACUCACUACUGCCUGCUGGCCAUGGCCUCACUCACCAAGAUCCUAGUGAUUGGACUGAAGCCAUCUCUAAAGGUCUGGAUGACUUUUCCAUACGGCAAGACAGACCCUGCCAGCGUGCCCCAGUUGGCAUGGCAGUUUGUAGCUGCUCAGAAAGCAGUGAACCCCAUCCUCGCCUUCUGUAGAGGAGACACUGUCCACUUCCUGCUGGUGAAGAAGGACGAAUCUGGAACUGUCCAUGUCAUCAAACAGCGACAGCUCCAACUCAACUGUGACAUUAUCAGUCUGACAUGGCUGAAUCCUCGCACGCUGGUGUUGAUGGACAGCGGAGAGAAGCUGCAUGCGGUGGACCGGCCCAGUCAGGAGGAGCUGGAAACUCUGGACCUGGCCGAGGUGCAGCUCGUGUACAACAGCAGUCAUUUUAAAUCGCUUGCUACAGGGGGCAACGUCAGCCAGGCCCUGGCUUUAGUGGGAGAGAAGGCGUGUUAUCAGUCUGUGUGCAGCUACGGAGGCCAGAUCGUCUACCUGGGAACUAAAUCUGUCCAUGUUAUGACCCUGAGAAACUGGAGAGAGCGCGUCGAUCAUUUACUGAAGCAGGAGAAGUAUACCGAAGCGCUCUCUUUAGCCUGGUCUUUCCAUGAGGGCACAGCCAAAGCGGUAUUGGGUCUGUUCGGCGACCCUGCCAAGCGGAAGGGAGUGGUGGCUGACAAGAUGGUGGAGAUCUUGUUCCAGUAUGUCGAGCGCUCGUUAAAGAAGUGUCCCGAGCAGGGCAAGAUCCAGCUGCUGGAGCAACACUUCCAGGACAUGAUUCCUGUCAUGGUGGAUUACUGUCUGCUUCUGCAGAGGACAGACCUGCUGUUUAACCAGAUCUACUCGAGGCUGGUUGAGAACUCUGUGGCUAAGGGCGUCUUCUUGGAGAGUCUCGAACCGUACAUUCUGAGCGAGCGGAUUGGCUGCCUGACAGCGCCCGUCAUGAGGGACCUCCUAAGUUACUUCCAAGAAAACGGUAUGAUGGAGAGUGUGGAAGGCUGCCUGGUGCACAUGGACAUCACCAACCUGGAUAUACAGCAGGUGGUGCAGAUGUGUUGGGAUAACCAGCUCUACGAUGCCAUGAUGUAUGUGUUCAACAGUGGCAUGAACGAUUAUAUCAGUCCCAUGGAGAAACUUUUUCAGGUGAUUGGUCCUCCUCUGCGAGAAGGCAAACCUCUCACAGAUGAACAGGUGGUCAUGGGAAAUAAGCUGCUCGUCUACAUUAGUUGUUGUCUAGCAGGACGAGCCUAUCCUUUAGGGGACAUUCCAGAAGACCUUGUGCCACAAGUUAAAAAUCAGGUGUUUGAGUUCCUGAUUCGCCUGCAUUCGUUAGAAGCCAUCCAGGAGGAGGAGGUGUAUCCGUACAUCCGGACCCUGCUGCACUUCGACACCCGCGAGUUUCUCAACGUUCUAGCGCUGACGUUCGAGGAUUUUAAGAACGACAAACAGGCUCUGGAGUACCAGCAAAGGAUCGUGGACAUUUUACUCAAGGUCAUGGUGGAUAACUCGGACUUCACGCCGUCUCAGGUGGGCUGCCUGUUCACCUUUCUCGCCCGGCAGCUAGCCAAACCCGACAACACCCUCUUCGUCAACAGGAAGUUGUUUGAUCAGGUUCUGGAGUUUCUGUGCAGUCCAGACGAUGAUUCCAGACACACGGAGAGGCAGCAGGUGCUGUUGGAGUUACUGCAGGUGGGAGGCAUGGUCCAGUUCGACGAGGGGCGGCUCCUCACCCUGGCGGAAAAGGCGGAAUUUUUUCAGAUCUGCGAGUUUUUGUAUGAGCAGAAGCAUCUGUACGAUCAAAUCAUUGCCUGCUACCUGAAGGACCCCUUAAGAAAGGAGGAGGUUUAUAACUACAUCCAUAACAUCCUGUCCAUGCCUGGCUACAGCCCAGAGGAGAAGCAGACCACAUGGAACAAAUCCUUAGAGCACAUUAAGGAGCUGGUUAGCAUUAACCCUGCGAAAGCUGCCGAGUUGGUAGCGGGUCACUUUAUCAGCGAGGUCGAGCCUAUUAUCACCGCACUACAGGAUGAUCAUUUGGUGUUCCAGUUCCUGAGGAAGUUGCUGGAUCCAAGUGAUGGACAGAAGCCCCAUGCUGUUAGGAAUCUUGGGCCUGAGCUCCACGAGCUCCUGGUGGACUUGAUGUGCCGUUUUAGUCCUCGCCAAGUCACGCCUUUCCUCGAGACGUCCGAGAGCUACCGCCUGGAGGAGACUGUCAAAAUCACCAAGCAGCACGAGCUACAUGAAGCCACCGCCUACCUGCUGGAGAAAAAAGGAGAUGUGCAGGGAGCCUUCCAAGUGCUGCUACAGACACUGAAGGAGAAGCUGAAUACACUCGUUCAGGAGAGUUCAGAGGCAGCCACGCCGAGGUCUGCGAGAGAGGAGGAGGAUGUAGAUUACACCCCACUGGCGAGGGUGGAGGAAGCCCUGAAUGACAUCAUCACGCUGUGCCACCGGAGCUCACAUGGGCUUAACCAGCAGCAGAGAGAGGCUCUCUGGUUUCCUCUCCUAGAGGUGAUGAUGUCUCCACAGAAAUUCCUCAAAGGCCCUAAUGCCAAGGAUGUUUCUGAUGCCCUGAAAGAGCUCACUAUGAAGGUGUUAAACAACAUGUCCAGCUUCAUCGCCCUGCCUGCCAUCAUCCAGCGCAUCCUACAGGAUCCAGUGUAUGGGAAGGGCAAGUUAGCAGAGAUCCAGGGCCUCAUUCUGGGCAUGUUGGAAACUUUCAACUAUGAACAGACUCUGCUGGAGACCACCACCAAUCUUCUGAAUUCGGACCUGCACUGGUCUCUGGCCCACCUGCGGAAGGCCGUCAGCAGGGGACUCUACCCUCGACAGGACCACUGCAGCAUCUGCCUGCAGCAGUACAAAAGGAGGCAAGAGAGUGAAGAGGAGAUCAUCAUCUUCAGCUGUGGUCACCUGUAUCACUGUCAGUGCCUACAGCGGAAGGAGCAAUGGGUUGUUGGUAAAGAUCCCGGACUCGCGGGAGAUCGGGUUCACUCGUGGAGCUGUUAUAAGUGCACUUCCAGUCAGGGAGCUCGUCCCGGAGACCGCCUGCUCGCCGAGGGACGCCGGGUCCGAUCCACUUCUCUGGCCCAGACCAAAGUGACAUCCGUCCAUCGGGGAACCGCCGCCGAGACUCAUCACAGAAAGGAGCUGACUGAAGUGACUUUAGACGCCCAGCAGACGCAGGCGUGGGACCAGCUGCGCUGCAUGUACAGAGGACCCUCCAGAUUGGCGAUCCUUACAGAACUCACUCACUCCCACAGCAGCGAGAGAACCGGCCUGCUGAACCCCGCCCACCCAGGAACCGGAAGCAUCUACCACAGUGAAAACUUCAGCCUCAAGCUUUCUCCACCACCAAUGGUGGAGGAGUAGUGCGGACUCCGCCCACUGUUACAGACCUGAAUAAAUGCGUUGGUGCAUAUCUCUACGCUGACGUCUUCAUGCUUUCACUGGCCUUCACAUCUACAACAAUGAACGUUAGGAAGAAAACACUUGCGGGUAUGCCGUGAUAGGGAAAUAGUCAAUGACUAGACGUGCGUCUCAUUCAGCUCCCUAGCUCCCCUGGUGGUGACUCAGUAUAUCGUGUACACGAGUUCAUGCACUGGUAAGGACCCUGUCUCACUACACAUGGGAACACUAAUGACUCAAUGUCCCACGACAGGACUGCGUACUCGUGUUAUAAAACGUCACCACUGGUAUUUAUCAACAACAGGCAGGACCGAUAUCUUUGUAACAUUAUGUCAAAUAAAUUUGUUCGCUUAAUCACAUGCGUUUCUGUCACGGGGCUUCAAACAGGAUCGUAGGCUAGCGAAUGGAUUUAAAAAAAAAAUAAUGAAACACUUAAAAGUCGUUAACAAACAAACCGUAUAUAUAGAACGUCAAAUAAAGUUAAAAAUCGCUAACAUAAGUAAUCAUUCGAGAGCGAAGUUUACAGACAAAGUUCAUCUGACAUUUUUAUUUAUUUUAUUUUUUUCCAAGCUGAGAGGCUUCAGAAAAUAUGACGUCAUUUCUAGUAAUGGAACAUGGUGAACAUUGAAGCUCCCUGGUUUUCGCAGUGCAUUGUGGGAUUGUUUUAAGAGCAUGAAGGUUCCAGUACACUGGAAGGAUUUUGCGAUUGAGACAGCCCUUAAAAUGGCCGACUCCCUGAUCAGCGUCCUGACUACUGAACUAGGGAGCUGAUUGAGACGCACCCCUAGGUUACCAUCCUGAAGUAGAUCAUUUUUCCCAUAACAGCACGUCCUAAAUCGUAUUCCACGUAUACCACGGUGACUUUCUCAAUCGUUACGACAUGUUAAUUGAUUAAUAAACAGUGCAUGAUGCUUUAAAAAAAAAAAAAAACUAUUUACAGUCUAGUUACAGUUAAUGUUGUGGAACGUCCACAAUACAAGUUAGUUCCUGUUAUUGUUUAUUAAACAGUAGUUUCUAGGGUUGUUACCACAGAACAAGUGCAUUAAUAUAAACCUAUUGUUUGAAUUACAGUCAGAACUACCGUCACAGCUGCUGUUGUAGAACAUGAAUCAACGCCAUUCAGAUUGGAGAUGUUUUUAUGUAACAAAGAAAGACAUCUAACCAAUGAUAUGCUGAAGCUGUAAGGAGACAUUUGUUUAACAUUUAUGGAAGGAGUCUCCAGUGUCAGGACUGUAACAGUCAGUAAGUUUGUGCUUUCCAGGUUCUCUAUAGCUGAUAAGUGAAUGGCUGUUUAAAGCUGCUGUAAUGUUCCUAAUAACAAGACCGUAGUUGUUGGACAGUGGUUCCACAACAUUAAAUGUAACUACAAAUGGAUAAGUAUAAUCAUUAGAAAUCCUUUAAUCCUCUGAAAAUUGCUGUGCUUUAAGAAGAUUAAAACUCUUCACGACAUGCUGUUUCUGGAAAAUAAUCAGCUUUGAGGUGGUGAUAGCAUCACAUCAGCUUGUCGUUGAUUAUUUUUCUAUUACAGCAUGCCCCAUCACGUUUUAUUACGCACAUCAAUUAUAAGAGCCAAUCAGGUUCUCUCUCUCUCUCUCUUUUCCCCCAAAAGCAGGCUAUGCCAAUUACAAGAGUUAUAUCAGUUUAUCAGGGGAAAAAACGUGUGUAAUUUGCAUAUUCAUGGAAUACAGAUUUCCUGAUGAGGGUAAAAGUGUUGGCACCUCUGUGCCUUGUUGUCUUGUCUAAUGACUUUUUUUUUUUUUUUUAAAGGACACCUCAAUCGUCACACGUUUAAUAUUCAAUAUAUAAAAACAUGUGGUGACUUUGGUGACUCACUCGAUUCAAACCGUUAACUACGCAGCUAAGCAUCAACAGCAAUAUUCCUGAGAGCAAAUCUGCAUGAUUAAGUAUUUAAAAGCGGAUCCUGUGCUCUAACUGAGAUGAGCUGUAAUGGCUUUGGACUGGUGGAGCUGUUCUGCUAAUGACGCUAUCCGAGACGUGUGACUCCAUGUGCUUAGGAUGCACGUAUAAAGCUUUUAACAGUGUGUGUGUGUGAGAGAGAGAGAGAAUGGUGUACAUUCAGGACUGAAACAGCAGGAGCCUUGUGUGUGUUAAAGAAAACUGUGUGCUUCUUUCAUCCCCCAGGCUCAGACAGUGGAUUGUUCUGGCCUCAAAGACAUGUUUUCAGUGAACAAUGAGCCCUUAGCUCUGCUCAUACAGAUGUGUGUGUGUGUGAGUGUGCGCAUGCCAUGUCUGACGUUUUUGUCCUACCAACACUCGACACCAUUCAUGUGUGCACUACAUUACGUUAAUAAGUUCUGAGAGAAAUGGUGGUGAUGUGGGUCAGUAAAGGGUUAAGGCCAGUGUUAGGUGGAGAAAGAGGGGCAGCCCCACGGUGCCAUUAUUUCCCUAACAGUGUAGUCCGUGAACUGGUUUAAUUAACCUGAAAUUCAUGAGGACGUUGUGUAUUAUUAUUCAUCUCAGACCUGUAGAACCAUUAAUAUUUGAUCUGCUCCUUUCCUGCUCUCCCUCUCGUUCAUACACCCUGAGUAAAAGCUUGUUUGUGUUCUGGAGGACAAGAAAGAAUGGCAAAAAUAAUAAUAUUGCAGUGCCCAAGUUUAAAUCCCCUGGAUUAUAAAGAGCUGCUUGUCAUGGCUGCAGCGGCUAACAAACAGCUUACUACACACUUCAGUGUCCGUAGAGGUUCCAUAUAGACUUUCUGGAUGUUCUUUCUUUCUUUUUGUUAUACGUUAUUUCUACUGAUCUUUCAGAAACCUUUUAAAGUGAAUGUCCAUGUUUAAACAAUCCAAAAUAAUCUGUGCAGGAUAAUCUAUCCAUCCCAUCCAUCCAUCCAUCCCAUUCAUCCAUCCGUCCCAUUCAUCCCAUACAUCCAUACAUCCAUCCAUCCAUCCCAUCCAUCCA